AUGAACACAGUCUGCUGUUGCAUUUACCAGUACAAGCUCAACCUUGAGGACCAAUUAGGGAGAGAGUUCUGUCAGUUUCAAGCCAGCCAGCCGAAGUUUGUGAGACCUGUCCUCCUCUGCAGCGCCGAGAUGGAGCAAACCAGUGUGGUGAAGCCAGAAACUUUAGAUGAGCUGAUAGAAGUCCUGCACAAAAUCUUCGAGAGCGACCACAUCAAUGUUGAGGAGGUCCAAAAUAUAAUGGAAUCAUAUGAGAGCAACCCUCUGGAAUGGGGGAAGUUUGCAAAAUUUGAUCCAUUCAGGUACACAAGAAACUUGGUAGACGAGGGAAAUGGAAAGUUCAACCUCAUGAUUCUCUGUUGGGGUGAAGGACAUGGCAGUAGCAUCCAUGACCACUCAGACUCCCACUGCUUCAUGAAGCUGCUGCAGGGGCAGCUGAAGGAAACGCUGUUCCAGUGGCCAGAAAAGUCAAAGGGAGACAUGGUCCAGAAGUCCCAGAGGAUUCUCCAGGAAAACAAGGUUGCUUACAUUAAUGACAGCCUUGGUCUGCAUCGUGUGGAAAAUGGUAGCCACACAGAGGGCGCCGUGAGUUUGCACCUAUACAGUCCCCCAUUCAACACCUGCCAGACCUUUGACCAGAGGACAGGCCACAAGAACAACGUCAAGAUGACCUUCUGGAGCAAAUAUGGAGAGAGGACACCAUUUGAGACAACAGUUUCACAAGAAAACAACUAGAAGUCACCAAAGGAGGCUCUGGAUGAUUAAGACUUUUGCAUUUGAAAUGGCAUUGCUUUGAAUUUGAUUGAAGAGAUACCGCUGGAAAAGGCAAAAACUGGGCCUGUUAUGACUUGGCAGCCCAUUUUUUAAAAUCAGGACUGGGCUGGUUCCAAAGGACAACCCGCUAAUUAGAAUGGCUUUAUCGCUGCUUAGUGUGAGCUUGGCAAAUACCGAUGAGCACAGAACGAGUACAUGAAUAGGCUUGGACGUGGAUUGUAUCUGCCUUUUGUCUGCUGGGCCUGAGGAGACCCUUUUCCAAUAACAGCAUUCCAGUCUAUCCACAACCUGUGUAACCACACUUUUGUAAAGUUAUGGCCCGUAGACAAAGAGUAGAGCUUUAGCAUUUUAAAGAGGAAAUAUUGCUGUUGCUGAGCUUUUUUUUUUUUUUUUUUUAUUGUAAGGAAAAAAAUAACAAAAAAGGAAAACUGCAAUCACAAGUUUUUGUUUGUCAGUUAUACUUUUAUAGCUGUAUUUUCUGUUGAUUUAUACCACUCAAUUCAAUAGUCUUAAUACCUGUUUAAAAUGGUCAAGGAAUGUGGCAAUAUUUGUAUAUUUCUAACUAAAAGUUUUUUUUUUCUUUUGUUUUUAAAAUUUGGAGUCUGAUAUGUAAAGCUUCAGAGUUGUGUUGUUGUUAAAAGUGCAGUGCAUGUAAUUUAUUUGCAGGUUAUCCUGUUCAUUGAAGAAGUUUUUGAAUCACCACCCUCCUCAAUGUGUUCAUACAUCAUAUUAUGGAGGGAUUAUUUUGUAUUAUUGGAGACUAGUAUGCUUUAGAUAAGACUGAUGCUUUUUCUCAGGACAUACAUUGAUUGUAGUCAAUAUUCCAUAAUCAUUUGUAGUUUUAUACAUUACAAACAUGAUUUCUGUAAUGUGGUAAUAAAUCUUGCCAUAACUGUGGACAAUUAAACAUCACUAUUCUUUCUCAUAAAA